CGCCCCCAGCUAUAAAGCCUGCUACCGCCAGCGGUUUUAGGUCCGUCUCAGUCAGCCUGGUGGUCUUGAUAUUUAUGUGUCUGUCUGUGUGUGUGGCUUGCUGGUGUACCUUUCGCAUCUGCAGCAGGUUGUUCUGGUUUUGCGGCAUUGCUGGCAAGAGUGGGCAUGUCUUCUGUUCUGCUCACUUCCCCGUGCUGCGGCUUCAGGUGGGACUUCAGGUGGAGCAGGACCACAUUCCUCCACUUCAGUGUCCUCACUUGGAAGCAGCCAUGGGUAAUGUAAUGACUCAUGUGGCCAACGCCUCUGGCGGACCCCUGCGAGUGUACUACAGCACUGACAAGAUGACUCUGGAGGAGAUCGAGGUCGUCUACGGGACUAAAGCUGGUGGCUCCAAGUCUGAAGGUCUGAGCUUUUCAGCGUCCACCGAAACCAAGAUGCAACUGAAACGCGACACCCGCAUUCGCUACAUACGCAUCCCAACCUGGGACUUCGGCAAGAUCCUGAGUGAGGGAAACAUCUAUGUCACCGUGUUCGUGGAGAACCGCUCCUAUGAUGAUGAUGACUGCGGGAUGAUCUCCGAGAACUUCUUCAUCCCCAGUGACAGGUCCUUCAUCGUCACCGCAAACCACAACAUCAAGUUCCAGAAGUAUGGAGCAGGCCUUUGGGAGGACGAGGGCGGCUACAGCCACUGGAAAUAGCAUUCCACAGGCCGUCAUCAAAUGGUUUCAUUUUGAAUUUGUUGUUUUCGGUGUUGUGCAGUACAUGCCCCUGUGUGAUUUUUUGAACUGUGGGAAUCACCAACUGUUUUUAUUUUCUGUGAGGCCCGUCGCGUUCUCUACCUGUAAUUUUGCUGUUUGGCUGAACAGUAAGGGUUUGUAAUUGGGAGGAGGUGGGUGGUGUGCGUGUGCAGUGGAGCACUUCACAUAGCGGUGUGUGUGUUAACUAGCCUGGUGAAAACCAAAGGUGUGUGUGUUACCUAGCCUGGUGAAAACCAAAGGUGUGUGUGUUACCUAGCCUGGUGAAAACCAAAGGUGUGUGUGUGUUACCUAGCCUAACUGUGUGAAAUGAUCUAUGGCGGUAUGUUUUCUACUUAGCUUUUAAUGUGAAAUGAUGUAUUACGGUGUGCCUAGUAUUUAGCCUAUUGUGGGAACGGGUGAUGUGUGAAACCCCCCCCUUGUAUGCUGUCCUGCCUGUUUCACUAAUUUCAUAGUGGUUUUAAUCAUUGUCCAAAUAUUAAACAUUGCAAUUUGCUUUGAAA